GGGGGCUGCUCUUCGGGUCUUUUCCCCCCAGCCAAGCUUCGCCAGAUGCCUGGGAGCUGCUGUCUGGCUCCUGGGCUUGUAGCUGUGGGUCCCGCCAGACUCGCCCUCCUCACAACACUCCGGGACCCCCAUCACCCUCGCGUCCUCCGCCCACCAGGCUGGGGUCGCAGACCCCCCAGUCGCCUUCCUCUCGUCUACUGCAGCUCCUGCGUCUCCAGUUUCUAAGACAAGAUGCCGUCGGGCUUCCAACAGAUCGGCUCUGAAGAUGGGGAGCCCCCUCGGCAGCGAGUCACUGGGACCUUGGUCCUUGCCGUAUUCUCCGCUGUUCUUGGAUCCCUGCAGUUUGGCUACAACAUUGGGGUCAUCAAUGCCCCCCAGAAGGUGAUUGAACAGAGCUACAAUGACACCUGGCUGGGGAGGCAGGGGCCUGAGGGACCCGGCUCCAUCCCACCAGGCACCCUCACCACCCUCUGGGCUCUCUCCGUGGCCAUCUUCUCUGUGGGUGGCAUGAUCUCAUCCUUCCUGAUUGGCAUCAUCUCUCAGUGGCUGGGAAGGAAGAGGGCCAUGCUGUUCAACAACGCCCUGGCAGUGCUGGGGGGCACCCUCAUGGGCCUGGCCAAGGCAGCUGCCUCCUACGAGAUGCUCAUUCUUGGACGGUUCUUCAUUGGCGCCUACUCAGGGCUGACGUCGGGACUGGUGCCCAUGUACGUGGGGGAGAUCGCCCCUACUCACCUGCGGGGCGCCCUGGGGACCCUCAAUCAACUGGCCAUCGUCACUGGCAUCCUAAUCGCCCAGGUGCUAGGCUUGGAGUCCAUGCUGGGCACGGCCACCUUAUGGCCACUCCUCCUGGGCAUCACUGUGCUGCCUGCCCUCCUGCAGAUGGUCUUGCUGCCCCUCUGCCCAGAAAGCCCCCGCUACCUCUACAUCAUCCGGAACCUGGAGGGGCCCGCCAGAAAGAGUCUGAAGCGCCUGACGGGCUGGGCCGACGUGUCUGAGGUGUUGGCUGAGCUGAAGGAGGAGAAGCGGAAGUUGGAGCGUGAGCGGCCCUUGUCCUUGCUCCAGCUUCUGGGCAGCCACACCCACCGGCAGCCCCUCGUCAUCGCCAUUGUGCUGCAGCUGAGCCAGCAGCUGUCAGGCAUCAAUGCGGUUUUCUAUUAUUCAACCAGCAUCUUUGAGUCAGCGGGGGUAGAGAAACCAGCCUAUGCCACCAUCGGAGCCGGCGUGGUCAACACAGUCUUCACCUUGGUCUCGGUGUUCUUGGUGGAACGGGCUGGGCGCCGGACCCUCCAUCUCCUGGGCCUGGCAGGCAUGUGUGGCUGCGCCAUUUUGAUGACUGUGGCUCUGCUUCUGCUGGAGCGGGUUCCAGCCAUGAGCUAUGUCUCCAUUGUGGCCAUCUUUGGCUUCGUGGCCUUCUUUGAGAUUGGCCCUGGCCCCAUCCCCUGGUUCAUCGUGGCCGAGCUCUUCAGCCAGGGACCCCGCCCAGCGGCCAUGGCAGUGGCUGGGUUCUCCAACUGGACGUGCAACUUCAUCAUUGGCAUGGGUUUCCAGUAUGUGGCGGAUGCUAUGGGUCCCUACGUCUUUCUUCUAUUCGCGGUCCUCCUGCUUGGCUUCUUCAUCUUCACCUUCUUAAAAGUGCCUGAAACCCGUGGCAGGACGUUUGACCAGAUCUCAGCCGUCUUCCGCCGGACACCUUCUCUUCUGGAGCAGGAAGUGAAACCCAGCACAGAACUGGAGUACUUAGGGCCAGAUGAGAAUGACUGAGGGGCCACACAGGAGUAGGAGAGCCAGUUCUCUCCACUUGCCCAGAGACCUCCCUCCUUUCCUCUGCAGCACUUUAACUCUCUCUCCCCCAUUACUUCCAGGGCGGAGAAAACCCCUGCAGCCUGGUGGGAUUGGGAAGCUGGAGGGAAGGGUGGUCUGAGCACCCCCUCAUUCCCCUCGUGUGACCUCUUCGAUUAUUUGUGUUGUGGUUAGGCAGUGGCUGUGGGGUGGGUCAGUCUCCCCUCCAUCCCCUCCUUCUUCAGUAGCCAUCCCCACCCCGCCUCAGCUCCAGAAUACUUGUGCCCUGGCUAGUGAAGGGGGUUUACAGGGAGGAGAGACUCUAGGACUGACUUUCGGGUGGGGGUGAACCAAAGCCGAGAGCAGGACAGGAGAAGAGAGAUCCAGUUCCUGCCACCUUGGACUUCUCCCUCUCUGGCACUUCCUCGGAAUUCUUGCCACAGACUCUGGGUGAAAGGGGAGGGGGUCUGUCUGUCCCCUCCAGGGCAAAGGACACACCCCCCUUCCUAAGAUCUAAUCUCACUUGUCAUAUGGCAGGCUCAGUCCUCUUGCUCAGCCUUCCAGGGCGAGAGGGAACACACGUCCAUCCAUGGUGAGAGGAAGGGACAGUGGGCUCCCCUCUAGACUCAGGGUUCUGGGCUCCACCCCCGCUGCUCCCAAGGCUGCCAGGUGGGGGCCCCAGCUCUUCCCUCCUCUCCCAUCCUGGGAGGGUAUUAUCCCACAGGCUUUUGACCAACUAAGGGCAAGAGGGAUUUGAAAGGCUGCCUGUGAACACUGGGCUGGGAGGAGCCUUCAGAUAUUUUUGUAUAUGUUUGAAAAAGCAGGGGCAGGGAGAAGAAACUGAAGGUCUGUUGUACUAAAUGUAUAUAUAGAGAUCCGUAUAUAAAGUUACUGUAUGAGAUGUGCA